AAUAAGGAGACUGUGUUACAGGGAAGCUCUCACGUCGGCACUCCUGACACCGGUGGACGAGUUUCCGACACUGCUGUUAUGCAAAAGUUCGUUGAUAUCAUGAUUCGACACGGGCACUCCGGAGUUGACACUGCCCGUAUGUAUUGUAAAGGCACUUCUGAAGAGCUCAUCGGCACUCUCGACUUGAGGAACGUCCUGCACGUCGACACGAAGAUCUUUCCGACUACUCCGGGUGAUCAUUCGCAGGAAAAGCUUGGGGAGUUAUUUGACGCCUCCUUGAACGCUCUGAAUGGAAAGAAGAUUCGAGUCUUCUACCUUCAUGCCCCCGACCACAGCGUACCUUUUGAAGAUACUCUGGAAGUGGUGACAGAAAUCUGGAAGUCUGGCGGCUUCCAAGAGUUCGGCCUGAGCAACUUCGCGGCGUGGGAAGUGGCAGACAUCGUUGGGAUCUGCGAAAGUCGUGGAUUCGUGAUGCCGACGGUCUACGAGGGUCCGUAUAAUAUCGUCGACCGCCUUGCAGAAGACGAGUUGUUCCCGUGCCUCCGCAAGUUUAACAUCAGAUACGCUUCGUACUGCCCUCUUGCUGGCGGCUACCUCACUGGCCGCUUUUUCGUUCCCGAUGAUACGAAAGAAAUCACUCUCGGCAACUUCAGUGCGAAAAACCCUAUCUCUGGAUUCUAUACCAGCCGAUAUCUUAACUUCAGCCUAGCAAGAUCUGUCGCAGAGCUGUUGGAAAUCGCCGAGACACAUAACUUAACGCUUUCAGAGGUCGCUCUACGAUGGCUGCAGUGGCACAGCAAGCUGCAGCCGGACGAUCAUGGCGUCAUCGUGGCAGCAGACGACAGCGCGCAGCUGGAAACGAACUUAUCGGACUGCGAGAAAGGCCCCUUGCCGGACGCUGUUGCCCAAGCUUGCGAAGAUGCUUGGAAGAAAGCGAAGUCUGCAGCCCCAAAGUAUUGGAUAUAAGAUUGUGUGCUGAGGCGCUUUUUGAGACGGUCUGCGUUAUAUGUAAAAUAUUGGGGUACGUAGAGCCGAAAAUAUCUUCACUCGGCUGAGCAACCCGACGACUCAUAUUCCUCGAGUUAUGCACAACGAGAUAAUUCGCGUAACCUCAUUAUGGUUAUCUUAAUGACCCACCGUUGCCGUUCCGUUCAAGAGCAGCUAGAACCCGAGAAUGGAGGCUAGCCUCUUGUUCGAAUAAGCUGC